AUUUUCUUCCUGCGCAAGUAUUCGACUCACAAGUUCGAAGUUGACGACUCGGCCUACAUUUGCAGUCUGUCCCCGGACACCGUGGUUUACAAGGGCAUGUUUACCAGCCGUCAGCUCUGGGACUACUACUCCGAUCUCCAGUCGCCAGAUUUCAAAACGCACUUCGCCAUAGUGCACAACCGCUUCUCCACAAAUACCUUCCCCUCCUGGUCUCGUGCGCAUCCUCAACGCAUGAUGGCGCACAAUGGGGAGAUCAACACCCUGCGGGGCAACGUGAAUUAUGCUCGCGCCCGACAGGCCCUGAUGGAGAGCAAGCGUUUCGGUGCCCGGCUGAAGGAGCUCUUCCCCAUCAUCGAGGAGGGUAUGUCGGAUUCGGGUAGCUUUGACAACUUGCUGGAGUUCCUCUACUUCACCAGUACUCGCAGUCUACCCGAAAGCGUCAUCAGCAUGAUCCCUGAGGCCUGGCACGGGGAUGAGACGAUGCCGAAGCACAAGUACUACUUUUACAAGUGGGCAGCCAGCCUGCUGGAGCCUUGGGACGGACCAGGUCAGUUCCUUACACCUUUUAUCUUCGCUUGUGUGUGAGUGUGUGUUGGUGCGCUAAAAACCGUGGCUUGGAGGGUUUGCCAGCUGACGGGAAAACUCGGGCCA